GCCAGCGCGCGGGUCACGUGGCGAGGGGCGGAGCCUGCGCGGGGUUGGGCGGAGCCUGCGCGGGGCGGCAGGAUCGCGUCGAGAGCCGGUACCUAGGCCCGAGCCGCGGGAGCCGAGCGAAGGCAGCGCCGAGGCCGCGGUUCCCUUUCUGGGCCUCCCCCGCAGCAGCCAUGGGCAUCAAAUUUUUAGAAGUUAUCAAACCAUUCUGUGCAGUUCUACCAGAAAUUCAGAAACCGGAAAGGAAAAUCCAGUUUAGAGAGAAGGUUCUAUGGACUGCUAUAACGCUCUUCAUUUUCUUAGUAUGUUGUCAGAUCCCACUGUUUGGAAUCAUGUCAUCAGAUUCUGCAGAUCCUUUCUACUGGAUGAGAGUUAUUCUGGCUUCCAAUAGAGGAACUUUAAUGGAAUUGGGUAUCUCCCCAAUUGUAACAUCUGGUUUGAUUAUGCAGUUGUUAGCUGGAGCCAAAAUCAUUGAAGUUGGAGAUACACCGAAAGAUAGAGCUUUAUUCAAUGGAGCCCAGAAACUGUUUGGUAUGAUCAUUACCAUUGGGCAAGCCAUUGUGUAUGUCAUGACGGGGAUGUACGGGGAUCCUGCGGAAAUGGGUGCCGGGAUCUGUCUCCUGAUCAUCAUUCAGUUGUUUGUUGCUGGUUUGAUUGUGCUGCUGUUAGAUGAGCUGCUACAGAAGGGUUACGGCUUGGGGUCUGGGAUUUCCCUCUUUAUUGCCACCAACAUCUGUGAGACCAUUGUCUGGAAGGCCUUUAGUCCCACUACCAUUAACACUGGCAGAGGUACUGAGUUUGAGGGUGCAGUCAUAGCUCUGUUCCAUUUGUUGGCCACCAGGACGGACAAAGUCCGAGCUUUACGGGAGGCGUUUUAUCGGCAGAACUUACCCAAUCUCAUGAACCUCAUUGCUACAGUUUUUGUGUUUGCUGUUGUUAUAUAUUUCCAAGGAUUUCGCGUUGAUCUGCCCAUUAAGUCAGCCCGCUACCGAGGACAGUACAGCAGCUACCCCAUCAAACUCUUCUACACCUCCAACAUCCCCAUCAUCCUCCAGUCGGCCUUGGUGUCAAACCUGUAUGUUAUUUCCCAGAUGCUGUCUGUUCGAUUUAGUGGCAACUUUUUAGUAAAUUUACUAGGACAGUGGGCCGAUGUCAGUGGGGGAGGACCCGCACGUUCUUACCCAGUUGGAGGCCUUUGUUACUAUCUUUCUCCUCCGGAGUCCAUGGGCGCCAUCUUUGAGGAUCCUGUCCAUGUCGUUGUUUAUAUCAUCUUCAUGUUGGGAUCAUGUGCAUUCUUCUCUAAGACAUGGAUUGAAGUGUCUGGUUCCUCAGCCAAAGAUGUAGCUAAACAGCUGAAAGAACAGCAGAUGGUGAUGAGGGGUCACCGAGAUACCUCUAUGGUUCAUGAGCUUAACAGGGUCAAGGAUGUAAGGUUUCUGACUACAUCAACCUUCCACAGAACCACUUUCCAGCGUGUGGCAGCCCUGCCGCUGGUGAGGCCACAGCCAUCCCGGUGCUCCUGGGUCAACUUUGAGCAAGAAAUCAAGUCUUUCAGCAUUGUACCCAAAUUCUGAAGGCCAAAUAUGUCAAAAUGAACACAGGAAAAUCAAACAGACUUCUAUGACAACUCACAGCAGCUCAACAUUCCUGUUAGUAGCAAGGAGCUGACCAACAAGCAAUGCUGGUAAGUAAAUCAUACAGAUUGCAAGAGAUGAAACACCUUUUGGCAUAGCUCUCUCUGCUGCUUCCUAAGGUUAGUCCUAAAGACUGAAGAAGACAGUGCUGGGAAAAGCACUGAAGGUCCCAUCCCAAACACUAGGAAUAAGGGAAACAAAAAGAGGAGCAUCAUUAUCGUGGUUAAGGUGAAGGAAAUAAGCAGUCAUGAGCCAUAAAUCACCAGCAAUAAAAUGGAAACGCAUUGAUAAGAAAUCUUGGAAUAAGAUUGCCCAGUGAGAGCUCCAGCAACUUCAAAGGGCCUGUGAGAUGCACACCUGACUGGAAGUCAGCUCUUAGUCUCUACUUGCCUACCAGCUAAGCCUAGAGCUCCAACCUCCCGGAGACUCUCCUCUCCUUUGUAAAAAGCAGGAAUGAGUAUGUUAUCUCCAAAACCUCUUCUGGCUUUAGGAUUCUGCUUCCAGUAAGAUCAUCCUAUUCCUAGUCUCCUUUGUUACGGGAAAGCCUGUUGGCCUUCCUCUCUCUAGUUCACCAACACAAGAGGCAGGAGGGUCACAGAGGGUGACUUCGGCACUGUCUUGAAUGUCAGUAAAGACACGACACUACUGAAUAUUUUUAUAUUUCUAAAAUUAACCCCACAUCCCCGUUCAUGAAUGAGACGGUGGAACACAGGAUUCUCUAGCUGCUAUUUUAUCUCUUAGACUCGGCCCUCCAUAUCCAUGGGUUCCACAUUCGUGCAUUCAACCAACCACCCAUUGAAAAUACUUAGGAAAAAAAUUGCAUCUAUACUGAACAUGUCCACACUUUUUCUUGCCAUUAUUCCCUAAACAAUAGAGUACAACUGUUGACACAGGAUUUGCAUUGUAUUAGGUGCUGUGAUAACUCUAGAGAUGAAGUGUGUGGGAGGAUGUGCGUAGGUUAGAGGCAAAUACAUAUUGAAUAUAUGCAUUUUCGUAUCAGGGAGUUCAGCAUCUGUGGAUUUUGGUAUCUGCAGGGGGUCCUGGAACCAACCCCGACAGACACCAAGUGACAGCUGUACAGGUUGAGUAUUCCUUACCCGAAACGAGAGGCCGGAAGUGUUUCAGAGUUUGGUUUUUCAGAUUUUGAAAUAUUUGCCUUACCCUCUGGGUCUCAGGCCUUUUUGACAUUUUGAACAGUAUCUUUACCCCACAGAGCAGGAAAUAAGCCAAAGAACCCCACAAUGAGUCAUGCACAUAGGUCUCAGCCCUGUGUUGUGGGGAACUGCUGCUGGGCAUCCGGCCUGCACACAUGCCAUUUCAUGACCCUCUGCGGGAGUGCUUGUGGAGGGAAGUUGCCGUGUG